AUGACAUCGACUGACUCGGGUCCUGGCAAGUCACGGCGGAGAUCGAGAUUCGGGUGCCGCAAUUGCAAGCUCCGGAAACUCAAGUGCGACGAAAGCAAACCACAAUGCAAGCGAUGUAGUUCAUUCGGAAUAGUAUGCAACUUCCUAUCGACUACCACCCCGGACCUCCACCCCAUUGCCGCUGACACGCGACGGUCAUGGAUGGUUCGAGGUGCAGCAGCAGCAGGACCGCAGCCCCCACUCACCAAUGCCGUCUGGACAUCAGACACAUCGACCUUCUAUCAACUAAAUACCAGAUGUCAAGACUUUAUCACCCGGUACCUAGGACGCAGCCUCAUCACCCCCGAUGAUCCAAACAUGGGACAUGUGAAUCGCAAGCUCCUAGAACUGGCCUUUACCCAUCCCUACUUGAUGCACGCCUCCCUAGCAGUAUCACUUACCUACGACCGCCAUCUGAACAGCCCACAAAAAAGCCACCGCACCCUAGAAGAAUGCUACCACUGGUCACAAAGUACCAUCCUUUUCAACAAGAAGCUCCGCCAACAAAUAGACCCCAAAGACAGAGACCCAAUCUGGGGUACUGCAGCCGCGUUGGUAAUCCUAACCUUCUCAUCCCCUAACGCACGCACUCCGGAAGAAUCAUGGCCUUUGAACCCCUCUCCUUCCUCCCAUCUGGACUGGGUGCAUAUGAAUAAGGGCAAAAUGUCCUUGUGGGAUAUAGUCAACCCGCUGCGAUCGGAUAGUAUCUUUCAUGUCAUGGCGGGGACGUUCGCCUAUGUGCAUUCGCCGUUGCCUGAAGGAGGUACAGAGGGUAUACCGCCGGCUUUGGCGGCGCUGUGUGGUAUCACGGAGGAUUCUACGGCUAAAACGAACCCGUAUUUCCAUGCUGCUCAUGCGGUAGCGCAGAUCUUGGAGGUUGAGGAUAGUGAAGUUACGAUGGGCCCGGUGCAGAUGUUUAUGCGGUGUAUCCAUGGUGGGUUUGAGGGAUUGCUGAGAGAGAGGGAUCCUGUGGCGUUGGUGUUGCUGUAUCUGUGGUAUCGCAAAGCUGGGCGCUGUAUCUGGUGGAUUGGACUUAGGGCUCGAGUGGAAUGUCCUGCUAUUCGGUUGUAUUUGCAGCGAUAUCAUGAGGGAAAUGGGGCAGUGUUGGGAUUGCUUCCAGAGGGUGGUCUUGGGGAUCAGUGGAAUUAG